GCUAUAUAAGUAACAAGCAAUGCAUGUUAGUUACCAAAAGAUUUGAAAGCUCUUCUGAUCAAGAAUUUGGACUCUCAACAAAGAUGAAGACCUUCAUUCUGUUUAGUGUCAUUGCCAUGGCAGCCAUUGUGUCUGCUGUACCUUCUGUCAUCAGUAGCGAUGCCACGGCCAUGCUUCAAAAGAAGUUUGGUGAGGUUGCGAUCAGCCAAGAGGUAUGUGAUGGUCACCAGCUUGAUGAGUAUUUCUUCGAAGAAUGCAAUCAAUGCAUAUGUUUUAAGAUGAAUUCGGAAGUGUUCAAAUAUUGCACCGAGAGGGUCUGCCAGCAGGUAGCAGCAGUGGAAGAAGAAGCUGAGCCAACAUGUAUCGUAAACGGCGUGACUCAUGCCGUUGGAGUAUAUUUCUUCGACCAAUGCAAUAAAUGCAUAUGUGUAAAGAAGGACAGGACAACUCCGGAGCCAUAUUGCACCGUGAAGGCCUGCCACUAGACUCAUGAUGUUGCGGCCAGACUACUCGGUUGAACUGGCAAAAUUAAUGCAUAGACUUGAACUGUAUAUCAUAUAAAUUAUAGUUAGUACGUAAAUUUGCUGCAAACUUAGUAUAAUAAUUAUACAUAGAGCAUAAUGAGUUCCUCUUUGAUUUUUGUAGCUAUAAAUUACCAUUUAGCCAUUAAUAAUGAAAUGUCAUUGUAUAAUUA